AUUGUAUAAAUUAUUGAUUUCCAUGUAAGAAAUAGUGGUUAUAAAAUUGAAUUUUGAAAAUGUCUACCAUAUUCAUCAAUUUGAAUGAUGUUGAACAACAAAUGGAACGAGAAAAUACGAUGAUGGUGGAAGAAUCGAUUGAUAGACCAUUACCGUUGAAUUUAGCUGGAUUGAAUAUGGAUGAAUGUGUACAGAAUAUUCAAUGUGAUGUAUCGACAAUGUGGAUCAUUAUCAAUGAUUUGGGCACCAUUUAUCAAUGGCGUGUCCGUAAUCGUCGUUUCCGUAAAGUGAACAAUAUGCAUGGCCGUAAUCAUAAUCAAUUAAGUACGACAACAUCCGAACAAUUAUGGAAUGAUUUUAAAUCACGUAUGUAUGAAAAUCGAUUCAUUUUGAUAACGAUAACUGGUGGCCAUAUCAUUCUUCAUUAUUGUCAUCGUCGAGUGAUGAAUGUUUUGCCUGGACAAAAUAUAUUAAUCUUUGGUCCUGUAUCGAUUUGUUUUCAUAAUUUUGCCGAUAUUACCAGUGAAUCGUUCUAUCAAUUAGAACGUAUGCGACAUUUACGUCUUAAUGGCCGUGGAUUUAAGUUGCGUGUACAAUCAAAUUCACAUAAGCUAUUCAUCUGUCCCAACGAUAUAAUCGAUAAUCGAAUCAAUUUUGAUUGGAUUCAACAAUUACCAAUAUCAAUAACAACAGAUGAUCAAUGUCAACAACAAAAUAAUAAUACAAACAAUGAGCAUGAAUCGAUAAUUGCCAAUCAAUCCAUUCAGAUUAUUCGUGAAGAUUCAUAGUAAAAAAAAAUGAAGAAAAUUAAAUAAUAAAAAAUUCAUUUCGAACUGCCGAUUUUAAGCCACAAAAAAACUGUUGCUUACACAACAAACGUUUAUUUGUUUCUUUAAUAAUUGCCAUAAAUAGAAUAUAGAUGGCUCUUCGAAUGUUUCGAAAACGAGAUAUAUGCUCAAGAAUAUCGUUUUCGAAAUUCGAAAUUCAAAUCAUCACCACCCACUCUAUUACCAGUAAAUGUUUUUCCUUUUCCAAAUUUUUUUUUCUUUGUUCACAAUUUAACUUUUGCUUUUAAUUGAAUCAAUUAAAAUGCCAAUACCACGUAAACAAUUGGAUCAUCAAAAUGCUAAUCAAACAAAAUAUGUCCUUGUUAAAUUGGUCAUCAUGCUAACAAAUAAUUCGGAUGAGAUACGCCAUGAGCAAUAUAAAUUAAUGUCAUCAUCAACUAAGAUUUCUACUAUUCGACGAUGGAUUUAUCGAUGGAAUCCAGCAUUUAUUAAUAAAUCGAUAAACUUUUACUAUUAUGGAAAUGAACUAAAUGAUGAUGAUGAAGAUCUUACAUCGAUCAAUUAUAAUCCAGAAAUACAAAUCAUUUGUGAAAUUCAACAAUAAAUUACAAGAAAACUUUAAACACGUGGUAUAUUAUGUAAAAGUGUUCAUAUUUUAAUAUUACGAUAUAUAUACACAAAAGAAAAAAAGAAUCCAGAAAAAAAAUGUUAAUUUUGAAAUCAGAUACCAUCACCAAACAGAAACUUGAUUGUUGAAAUUUUCGUUAUUGUCUUUCAUCUCAUAUAAUAUGUCUGUGUUUUAAAUGAAACAAAAAAAAUGCUUUUUUUCGAAAUCAAAACACCAAUGAUAUUUAACAUUUGACAAGUAAUAAUAAUUAAUAAAAAAAAUGAUUAAAUAAAUUAUGGCUUGAUAGAUUAGGAGGAGAAAGUUGUGUUGAAAAUGAAAAUUUGUUUUCAUUUUAUUAGGGUGAUGAUGAUGAAAAAAAUGGCACACGGCAAUGUUUAUUGUUUGCAAUGACACUUUUGUUGUUGUUGUUGUCGUUAUUCUAAAUUCGUUUUAAAAGAAUCUUUUUGCAUAAUUUUGAUCAAUAUAAAUAUCGACUUCAUUAUCAUUAUUCAUCAUCAUCAUUGUUGCUGUUGUUGGAU